CGGGGAGGGAGGCAAGGAGGGAGGGAGGGAGGGAAGGAAGAGAAGCAGCAGAGAGGGGAAUCCAGAAAAAGGUGUGCGGGACGUCAUGGAGAGGAGCAGAAAAUCAAUUCCAGUGCACGCUUGAGGGAGUGCCUCCGUCCAUCCCCACUCCCCUGAGUGAGAUUUCGAAUCCAAUUACAGGAGAAGAACUUCUAGGAGCCAAUGGGCGAUGCUUGGUUAACCACCGCGCUGUCUCUGUUAGGAGCCGGAUGCAUCGUCCUUGCACAUUACCUCAUUGGCAGUCGGAGGAGGGACGCCGUUGCUCCUGCAUCUUCCGCCAAUGCAUCCAGAGAGUCCCGAAGGAAUAAGGUUCAGCCUCACGAGAUCGAGCGUCUAGCUUCUCUCUUCGAAGAUUUCAAAAUGGUCUUGGUUGUGAGGAACGACUUAAAGAUGGGAAAAGGGAAGAUUGGUGCUCAAUGCAGCCAUGCAACUCUAGGACUUUAUAAGAAGCUCAUAUACAGGGCGCCAAAGGCACUAGAAAGAUGGGAAAUGUGUGGACAAGUUAAAGUUGUUUUGAAAGUUGAAAGUGAGAAUGAACUCUUGUCUCUACAGGAAAAGGCAAAAUCCCUAAAAUUACCAACUCAUAUUACAAUUGAUGCAGGGAGAACACAAAUUGCUCCAAAUUCCAGAACCGUAAUGGCUGUACUUGGACCUGCUGAUGUAGUUGAUGAUGUCACGGGAGGUCUCAAGCUUCUAUAACAUUUUCUAGUACUCAUCAAAUAUAAAUGGGUCUUGCUUUCAGAUGUUUUGAACUUUCCUGUUGGAUAGUAUUAAAGGCGUAUUACAUACAGUUUACAGUGACAAUAUCUUUUUCUUUUUUCCAAGCAUUAAGACAAUGAGGGAUGUCCACGUUGUUGAUACGGUGGUAGGAUUUUUUUUUUUGGAAAUUUAAACAUUCACAAUUUUCUUCUAACAUACAUGUUUAUUGUAA